AGACAGCAUCGUUGCGUUCUGCUAGUUCUGGUAGCCGGGCGCUCGCAUUGCAAUAUUAAUAUCGUUUUGAUUUGAUUGACCAUCUGUGAUGUGCAACAUGCCAGGCUCUGUUACUUCCUAAUGUGUUAGCGUGCGUCGACUUGGGUGGAAUUCGACGGAAUGGCGCGUUACGGAGCUCCCGACCCGUGCGCUUUGCUUCAAGAACUACUGAAGGCCGUUACGGGGGAACUGUUGACGAGUACGCUGAAGUCGAUUGAAGGUGCGAAGGACUUGGUCAUUGAGGAGGAUCUCAUCUUCCCACUUGAUCACAUAGCCAGUGCUGGUGUGUUAAAGAGGACUUGCAACGUGGAAAAAAUCUUCAAGUUAGAAACAACAGCACCACCUGCAGGCAAUAAACAAUGUGCCUAUCUCGUGAGGUCAACAAUAGCAAACAUGAAAGUGAUAGCCAAUCACAUCACGUACCACAAGCAGAACAAGAAGGAAUGCAAGUAUUACAUCAUCUGUAUCCCCCGAAAGGCCCAUGUCUGCGAGCAGACGCUGGAAAGCGAAGGGGUUUUCGGCUAUGUGAAGCUGCUGGAGUAUCCGCUGGGCCUCAUUCCGCUGGACACGGAUCUUUUCUCGCUUGAACUUCCUGGUUUCUUCAGCACCUUUUUUAUCGAUGGUGACUGUGCUUGGACAAGUUGUGUGGCACAAUCCAUUCUUCAGCUGGAAAGCUUGUGUGGUCCCAUCGGUCACAUUUAUGCCCAGGGAAACUGUGCCGAGGGUGUACUAAAGGUUAUGAAGCUGUUCCCCUCCGACUUCUCCAAACCCAAGGAACCUUCGUUGCCACGAAUCAGUCAUUUGUUUCUGUUUGACAGAGACAUAGACUAUGCAAGCGUACUUCUCACCCAACUAACUUAUUCUGGUCUUCUGGAUGAGUACUUCGGCAUUAAAAGUGGGAAAGUGACUUUCGACAAAGCAGUGACUGGGAAGGACCAGGAAAUGCGGCUUACGGUCAACAGUACAGACCUGGUCUACAAGGAGAUCAGGGAUGCACAUUUUGGAAGUGUCUUCGUGUUACUUAAGGAAAAAGCUCAACAGCUGCAAUCAAAAUACAAUGAGAGGCACGGAAUGUCUAUCGGAGACAUGAAGAACUUUGUCGCCAACGAACUGCGGUCCUUGCAGCAGCAGCACAGCUCGUUGGCAGUGUACAUUGGGUCGUGCGAAGUUAUCAAAAACUCUCGCACAAAUUUUGAAGGGCAACUGAGGACAGAGCACAGUUUGCUGGAAGGUUUAGAAGUGAGGGAAGGGAUGAACUUCAUCGAGGAGUGCAUCAACCGGCAGCACUCAGCAAUAGGAACCUUGCGCUUGCUCUGCCUGCUGUCGCUCACCCAAGACGGCAUUCCAUCCCAGGAGUACAAGACCCUCACGCAGCAGUUUUUACAGAGCCACGGCCAUCACCACAUGUGGACGUUCUACCUCCUGAAGAAGCUUGGCCUCUGCCAGGAUCAGGGAGCAAGCCGGAUAGGAGGGGCUGCGGCUUCGGCUAUGGCUCCGACCCUCGCCAGCAAGGUGGCAGCGGCCAUGGCAUCGCUCCCCAGGGCGACACGCUUCAGCGCUAUCACCAAAAGGCUCAGUCUGAUUCCACCCAAUGCCGGUGAUAGCUAUGACCUCAAGAAUCCUAGAGACAUGGGUUACGUGUUCAGUGGUGCCUACAUCCCAGUGGUGUCCAGACUGGUGGAGCAAAUCCUUUUGAAAGAUGGCAUUCAUGGCUACGAAGAUGCCCUGAAGCUUCUACCUGGUUCAACAACAACGUACACCAAUCCACAUUCUAAAGAUCCUUCGCAGGCUAAGAUUGUGAUGGUGUACUUCCUGGGAGGUGUGACAUUUGCAGAGAUUGCUGCACUCCGGCUUUUAGGAAAACUGAAAGGUUACCACAUACUGGUUGCAACGACCGCUACCAUCAACGGCAACAGCCUACUUGAAAAUGUCAUCAUGAAGGGGCGAUAACAAUGGGCACAACAGGGUGGGGCCGACAUCGUCCCGGUUCUAACACAGCCGUGCACACCUGCACCGCUGCAUUAGCUUUUUGUACUGGGGUCACUGGCCAUCUCGUGAGGCAUUACAUGCCCAAAUGUGUCACCAGAACUCUGCAGCACCUCUCGCGAAUUUAGCCACGUCUUUGCCGUCUUCCACCGUUCUUCUUUCCACGUCAUGGCGGAUGCAUUCGUUCGCACCCACUACACUGCAUGGAGCACCAUCAAUACUUUGCCUGCCAUUAGAUAUUCGCUAUUAAUCGGUUUUAUGAAGAUUCAAGCUUGGGCAAGUAUGGUUUACCCCGACUGCAGGAAAGAAGUACCGGGCAAAUUGGACACAAGUAUGGGACACAAUUUUAAUGUCACCUAAAGAGUUGCAGCCCCAGGAUAGGAAUGCACGGUAGCAUGCAAAAAAUUAGUAUUAUGUCUAUAAAUAGCUCCUACAUUCUGUCAAUAGAUCGACUGUAAAUAGCGCAUUGAUUGUUCACUAUCCUCUAUUCUGUUCACGUCGUUUGGUGCGCGAUUGUUACAACCAGUAUUAUUUUCUGCUUUGCCAGUUGCUUCGGCAAACGUGCUCCGCAUGUCUUAUAUGACAAAGCCACCUAUGGUGGCCUUUAUGUGCAGUGGUGUUGAAUUAAAUGUACAUUGCAAUGCCUUGCGAAGAAUGAGGCACUGUGAAGAAUGGAAACAUAGAAAAGAGCCUUUAUGAUUUGACAAGCAUCUGAGCACUUGCCACUAUGUACUAGUAACUGUAGAGACAAUUCCUUUGCAGUGGGGAAAAGGACAUAAGCGAUGUAGUAUAUACUGCUAUCGAGUGCAAGUUAAUUAAAUUGGGAGCAACUAAUAGCUAACUGGGGCCACUGGAGCACUUCUUUUAAUUGUCAUUUUGCCAUUUGUUAUGACGCUGCCAGCUUCGACGCCUAUUUUCAGUCGGAGGCCUACCUGUACCAUGUUUGUUGAUGAGAUUUGUGACAAUGCGAUAUUGCACUGUUACUUGCAAAGGGUGUUCAACGCUAUACUUUGCAAGUUCAUAUUUGUCCACGAUAGUGCAUAGCCGUUGUUUGUUUGCUUUCCACACCAUAAUUCUCAGUCGCCCUACUUAUCAUACAGAUAGUGCGCUUGAUCAAAUUGUGUGGAGCUGUCGAAACAUAAUUGUGGAGUUGUGCAACCAGCCACAUUGUCUGUGCAGUUUUCGUGCUGUCAGUUUGGCGCUUGCACUGUUAACCGAUGCAUACGCCGUGUGAGAUGCAAACGUUUGUGUCGGUGUCUCUUUGUAAGUUCACCUGGCUUAAAGGGGUUCUGAACCACCUCUUGUGCUUGGUUGAAGAACACAUUCGGUGGAAAGCAGACGCUACUGUGAACAGCUCAGCCAAAUCUUGCAGUCGUGCAAGGCAAGGAUAGUUCACAAGUGGAGCACGAAAUGGACACUUUCUCAAGCGCGCCCUCUCUUCAUACAGAGGCUCGCACUCACGCUCUUCGAAGGGCUAUUAUACUUCAGAUCUUGUGUCACACAACAGAUUGCCGCUACUGGCCGAUAGCUGACAUAAGCCAAAAGUGGUGUUUGGAUCAGAUGCGUUUCUUGCCACUGGGUGCCGCCACGUGCCGGGGCCAUGCUCUGUAGUGUGCAAAAUUACAUAGUAGCAAUACUAGCGCACACUGGAAUAAUGAAGUGAGAGAGCUAUAGAGUUUCAUGACAUGCGCUCAUGAUCAUGACAUGUGCUCAUGAUCAUGAUUUGCCCCUAUGUAUCUUCAUGCUUGCCCGUCGGGACGGAAGAGGAGAGAAAGAGCUUAAAUUAAAGCGUGCGACAAAUCCCUGUAACUCUGCUCGUACUUGACAGACUCAACAAAUUUUUGCAGCAAUCGAUUCGUGAGGCUAUAAACUCUGAUACUGAGGUCAAUGGAUCAUUACUUGGAAAAGUGGUUCACGACCCCUUUAACAGUGGUUGGAGAUCACUUGUGCAUCGCUGUUCACAGCAGGGAUGUAACCAGGAUUCUCUAUGUAUGCGUGCUUGCAGUUAAUAAUUGUUGGGUUUUUACAUCCCAAAGCCAUAUGUAUGCGUGGUUGUAUAAAAUGUAAACAUACAAAUAGAAAAAUUUGGGGGGGGGGGGGGGGUUCAAACUCCAAACCCCCUCCUCUUGUUAUGUCUGUGGUUCAAGGGUAAGCUGGAUGUGCUAAAGAUACUAAACGAUUACAGUUGGGCAGGACACCAAUUGUGCACAUGAAUUAGACACCGUUGUAGUACUCGCAUUUGAAAGUAUGACACGAAAGAGAACACAGAAACUUGUACAGUGCAAUUUAGUCACGUACUGUUUAAGAAUUUGUAAACCUUUGUGGCCCAUAUAUUAGUACUGUACUAACACGUUUAGAAGGUGGUGCUAGCAGUGCGUGACGAACGAGUUACCAGACAAUGCUGUGAUCACAUUUCAUUUUCGACUGACUGUGCCUACUGGUGUUUUCUGGUGUCGACACCAUACUUGUAUUUUGCCAGUCCGUCGAACGCAUGCUGGAGCACUCGGAAGGCAGUGUAAGCUUGAUCGGAAUGCAUGUGUGGAUUGUUCAUGGCUAGAAGUCAUAUAUUCAGAAAUUCGACGAUUUUGCAACCAUGGACUGUGAUCCAAAUAAGACAAAAUGGUUCACUGUAGUGUAACAGAGACACUUGAAGUGUUCCAAUAAGGAAAUUUGUCAUUGUCAAGGUCCGAUGCAGACAAGUCCCCAUGUUGGAGCGUUGGCUGCAGGAUGAAGCUUUUCUUGUUUACGCACUGUUGAUUAAAGCACAGGGAGGAGUUUGAGGCAGUUUUAUGUGACAUUGAGCUGUGAAAGCGGGCAACUCGAUAUUGAGUUGAUGUGGUCUCUCUGUGUUUAAUGAUAGCUUCGUUUAUGUACUGAUCACUUUUGCACAUAACAUUAGACCAGACAUCUCUUGCCUUUGCCACAAACACGCACAUUGUAUUCAUUCACUAGUUAUUGUACGUAAACAUCAAACCCCUUUUUCUGAUUACUUAAAAAACUCACUUGGUGCAAAGCUCCUUCCUGUCAGUGGAUCAAAAGGGAGUUUGAGAUUGUCCGUAAAAUACUUACUGUUUAUGGAUUGCUGGGUUGCCAGCGUUGUUGACGGCAGUAACAAAUCCAGAAAGAGUGGCUUGUGGGGCCUUGUCCAAAUGCACUUGAAGAAAGUUUGUGUCGCGUGUUGAAGGAAAAACCUGCAAAGACUGCGCGUCAAGAAUUUUCUUUUUCACUACCAUGGUGUUAACCAGGAGUUAUCAGAAUGUGCUGCCUGUGCCAUCCAGCUAAAAUCAAUAUAACAAAUUUUGUUGUUUCUGUAAACUUCUCUAGUAGUUUAUCAUUCAACAAAUGGUAAUGUGUUUAUGAACGACUUGAAACUGCCUAACGUCUUGCCAUAUUUUCUGUCAGCCUACAUACUUUUAGUUAAUGAUCAGUUUGCUCAGCAGUAAUGACUUUUAGCUCUUUGCACAUAUUAUCAUUCUCUUGGUGCAAAUGAUUUGGUUUUCUGAUCUCGUUUGACUAUACUCAGAGGCCUUAGCAUUUCAUACUGACACUAGUGAGAAAUACAUGCAUGUUGUGGAGUUGAAAUUGCUUUUGAAAAUAUGGAAGUACGCUCCGUUAUUUUAUUGUGCAUGUGUUUUCAGUUUCAUCACAAAGGAACUUUUAAGUAUGCUUGUUUAGAGAGAUACACUAAAUUAACUUAAACUUAUUAAGUACUCUUUCAAAAUUCAAAAAUUGCUGACAACAAUUCGCUCAUAAAAAUUCAUGAUAAUCGCUGAUUAUUGCUUGAGGAAAUGAACAUCAUUCUGUCGCUGAACUUUGCACCAAAACCUCAAUGCUUGUACAGAAGUGUGACAUCACAAAUUUUAACAUAUUUUGUCAGUGCUAGGGCUGUCGGCGUUCAGUAGAACUUCUUCAAACUUGCCAAGUCCAGUCCUUGGCUCCCUUAGAAUACAAUGUAGACUGCUAUCACCAAUAAGAAAUGAACUAGGCUCAAAAAGUGCACCGUUAAUGUGGAUGACAUUGUGGCAAAAUUUGUUGUGCCUCUAGUUUUCGCAUUUUGUUGAUGGUUUGUUGAGCCUGUUCUUAAUGACGAAACUGAUUUUGUUGGAAGGUACUGUUGAAUGGCAAUUCACAUGCAAACAUCAAUACAUAUUUUCCUUUUAAUGUCCCUUUAAGCUUUGAUCCCACAUUAGCACCCGCAGCUGUGUGUGAUAUAUUCCAGUUAUUUGUCAAUUCCAGCUUUAAGGGACCAUCAUUUUGGGAGGGGGGGGGGGAAGGCAGGGAAUGACUUGUAAAGUAUGAAUUAUCGGAAGUUGAAUAAAGCAUGGUUUAAAAUGAUAUAAAUAGUUUGCCUAGUUGUGUUUGAACAGAUGUGCAAAUAAGAUGAGCAAAACAGAACUGCAGACAUACUACCUGCUUGCGUGCA